AUGCUGCGAGCCCGACGCGUUCUCGUCCAGCGUCUCGGCCGGCUACCGCGUCCUGGCGCGCACGUUCAUUGGGCGACAGCUGCUUGGACGCCGCCGAUCGAGCAGUGGCAGCGAGUGGUCCGCGCCGUGGCGGCCCUCGGCGCUGCGGCCAGCGCGGUCAUGGCCGUCAGCACCGACGAGCACGUGCUUGGCGCCACAAUCCAAGACGACUACGCCAUCAUGGACGACGUCAUUGGCGAAGGUGGUUUCUGUGUCGUCCGCAAGGCGCGCGAUCGGCGCUCGGGCGACGUCGUCGCCGUCAAGGAGAUGUCCAAGCAAACGACGUCGUCCAAAGAUUUCUGGGCCGAAGUCGACCUGCUCAAGGUAGCUGGCGCCCACAACAACAUCAUGGCACUGCGCGGCGUGUACGAGUCGGCCGACUCGUGGUACAUUGUGCAGGAGCUCGCAACGGGCGGCGAACUCUUCGACCACCUCGUUGCCAACGGCGCCUACUCGGAAAAGAUGGCGAGCAAUGCGCUGCGCGACCUUUGCCAGGCGAUGCACUACCUGCACCGCAAAGGCAUCGUCCACGGCGAUAUCAAGCCCGAAAACAUCAUGCUUCGCGGCGACGAGCUCUGCCUCGUCGACUUUGGCGUCUCGUUCCGGAUGGGCGAGCGGUCGAGCGACGUGCCGAUCACGGGUACACCGGCGUACUGCGCCCCCGAGGCCUUUACAAAGCAGUCGGUGGGCCCUGAAGCUGACAUGUUUGCGCUGGGCAUCGUGCUCUACAUUCUUCUCUGCGGCAGCCAUCCGUUCGACACGUUCAACACGCUCUCCGACCAAGAGAUUGGCAAGCGCAUCGUCAAGGGACAGUACAAUACACAGACGCGGGCGUGGCGGCGUAUUUCGUCCGAGGCCAAGGACUUGAUCCAAAAGCUCUUGGUGGUGGACCCUGCAAAGCGGCUCUCUGCCUACGACGCUUUGCGACACCCGUGGCUAUCCCCCCAUAAUGCGUCGAUUAGCGCCCAGCCGCUGCACAAGGCCGCCGCGCACUUGCAGCGUUUUCAGCGCGGACGGCGUCGGCUUCGCGCCAGCAUCCUUGCCGUCUUGCUGCAGCCACCAGUGGACGAUGACGACGACGACAAGCGAGAUGUUGACGACAACGACGAUGCGAACAUUGCCCAUUUUGCGCGUGGCGUGAGCUCCAACCCCGAGACGGCGGCUGAGAAGGCUGCGAUGCUCGCCUCGACGCUCAGUGUCUUUGACCAGGACCGGAAAGGCUACAUCUCGGACGACGACCUCCGCCGCGUGGCUGCGCAGCUCGGAAAGCAGCUAAGCGACAGCGACAUUCGCGAAAUGCUGGCGGCAGCUACCGGCGACCCCGAGAUUCCCGCGCCCAAACAGCUCACGUACGAUGACAUCAAGCUCGCGAUCUGCAGCCUCCGGUCCGGUGUCUACGAAAAUGGCGCCGUCAUCUCGGCCGAGGGCGACGAAGACCACCACUUUUACGUGCUCAUGGAAGGCACCGUGCACGCGCGGUGUGCGAAUCCGAUGGCACCCAACUCAGUGCUCCAAUUGCGCACGCUCGAGGCGGGCGAGUACUUUGGUGUGAUGGAGCUCCUCGCGCCCGACGCCAUCCACCCACGCGUUGCCACGUACGCAUGCGCCUCGCCAACCUGCAAGGUGCUCAAGCUGCUUCGGGAAGACUUGGCCAACGUCAGCAACGUGUACAAGGUGUUAGAAGCCUCGCUAACCGACCGUGCAAUGGGCCAGGCCCACGCGCACUUGCUCCAGUCGAUUGAAGAUGCCCACGGAUCGAUCACGCACACGACGUUCAAGGACGGGGACUAUGUCUAUCGCCAAGGCGACGUCUGCGACUCGUACUACAUCAUCGCCGACGGUGCCGUCGAUGUCAUCAUGGAUAAUAUUGUCGUCGAGCGCUUGACGACUGGCGACUGCUUUCCACUGGGCGUUGCGGCCGACUCGAAUCCCGUGCGCCGAGCGAGCGCGCGCUGCAGCUCUGACACGACGGUGAUCGAGAUCAAAGGCGAAGUCUUUCGCAGCUUUCUGUGCAGCUACCGCUUCAUGACGGCGUUCUUUGAGAAUCAGUUGCAGGCACGUCGCGCCGAGCGCCGCGGCAAGCUUCAACAAGUGCAGACUUGAUAGUAACAUAGAUAAUAUCAAUCGAGACGCCAUUAACCGUUGCCUCGA